CUGAGUGAGUGAGUGAGUCAACACACGGCACAGAGGAGGACGCCACCCUGCACCGCCGCUGGAUCACACGCGUGGACACCUCUUGUCCUCCUAAAGACGCGCAACUUAACACAACUAACUUGGGUGCUUUCACUACAGCUGUGGAUUUAUCUGCUUUAUUUCUCCUCCCUCAACGCGCUGGAGAUGGUUGUUGACGCUUUGACGCGGCUUUUUCCUCAUUGGAAUUAAACGCAGCGGAGGAGCAAUGAAAGUGACGGUGUGUUUCGGGAAGACCCGAGUGGUCGUUCCGUGCGGAGAUGGGAGUAUAAAAGUGCAAAGCCUCAUCGAGAAGGCGGCCAUGAGGUACAAGAAGGCGAUCGCGAAGGACCUUAACUACUGGGUCCACGUCCACAGGUUAGAACAUGGAGAUGGAGGCAUUUUGGACCUGGAUGACAUGCUGUGUGACGUGGUGGAUGACAAAGAUAGGCUCAUAGCUGUGUAUGAAGAACAGGAUCCUCACAAUGGAGGUGACGGUACCAGCGCCAGCUCUACAGGAACACAGAGUCCCGAACCCUUCGUCGGUGACAUGAGUUCAGGGUCUGGCUUCCAGCCCUACCAGGCCAGCAGUGAGAUUGAAGUCACUCCAUCUGCCUUGCGAUCCAGUAUGCCACUCCACGUCCGUCCCAGCAGCGAUCCCUCCCUGGUUGACCUUCCUCCUGGUGAAGUCCCAGUUGGUCCAGAGGAACCAUCCAGAAAGAAUCCCGCUCGCUGGUCCACGACUGUUGGCUUCCACAAGCACAACCACAAACCAAACGCAAGCAUUGGUGGGAGUCUGGAAAGAAAGGGCAGAGGAGCCCAUGCCUACCGGAGUCUCCCGCGGGAUGCGAGCGGCUGGACCACUCAGUUCCAGAGAGAGAUGACUCGAUCGUCCCUGAGUGCUAACCAUCCAAUGGUCGACCAAUGGCUGGACAGACAGGAGCAGGAGGAGGAAGAAGAGCACAGGAAUCAAGAAAGGAGGAUUGAGCGGAUUGAGCCAAUAGGGAGGGCAGACUCUUCCUUGGAGCAGUCACCAGUGUUCAGUCUCGAAGGCAUGCUCAAGCCAGUUGAGGUGUCCAAUGAAGGAGGGCCCCUGGGGAUCCACGUUGUGCCUUUCAGCUCGCAGGAUGUCAGGACUCAGGGUCUGCUGGUGAAACGCCUGGAACAGGGGGGCAAAGCUGAACAGGAACGUCUCUUCCAGGAGAAUGACUGCAUAGUAAAGAUAAAUCAGGGCGACAUUCGCAACCUGCGCUUUGAACAAGCCCAGAACAUUUUCAAGCAGGCCAUGCGUUCCCCGGUCAUCCUCUUCCAUGUGGUCCCUGCAGUCAUGAAGAGGCAGUACGAGUUUCUGUCAGGCCACAGCGAACUCAGCCCACACCAGUCCGGCAGAGUCUUCUUCAACCAGGACAGGUCCAGUCUAGUGGGCAGACCUGCAGCUAGGCCUGGACCACAACUGGGCCUCAACCACAACCACCAGGGCCCACUGGCAGGAAGCACUCCAGAGCCAAACCGACGGUACACAACAUUACCCCACACUAUGAUCUCCAGGACUUCCUCAGCCCCCUCCCCCUCCCUGCAGCGCAGAAUAAGCACAAACACGCCCACCAGCUCUUACCUGAAGAACAAAGGCCGCAGAUUCAACAUUCAGUUAAAGAAGGGCCCAGAGGGUCUCGGCUUCAGCAUCACCUCGAGAGAUGUUCCCAUUGGCGGUUGUGCUCCCAUUUAUGUCAAAAACAUCCUUCCUCGAGGGGCUGCCAUCCAAGAUGGCCGACUGAAAGCUGGCGAUCGGCUGCUGGAGGUCAGUGGAACAGACCUUAAUGGUAAGACCCAGGAAGAGGUGGUGGCCCUGCUACGAGCCACACCCAUGGGUGGGAUCGUGAACCUGUUGGUGACUCGUCAGGAGGAUCCCCUGCUACCCCGAGAAGUGCAGCCAGAGGAAGAUGACAUUGUGUUAACCCCUGAUGGUACAGGAGAGUUCAUGACCUUUGAGAUCCCACUGAAUGACUCAGGCUCUGCGGGCCUGGGUGUCAGCGUCAAGGGUAAUCGGUCCAAGGAGAACCAUGCCGACCUGGGCAUCUUUGUGAAAUCCAUUAUAAAUGGAGGGGCUGCUAGCAAGGAUGGGCGUCUACAUGUUAAUGACCAACUCAUCGCAGUGAACGGAGAGUCAUUGCUCGCUAAAACCAACCAGGAAGCCAUGGAAACACUACGGAAAUCCAUGUCUGUAGAGGGCAACAAGCGAGGAAUGAUUCAGCUCAUUGUGUCCCGGCGGGCAGCCAAAAACGAGGAAGCCCCUGACACCCCCCCAGUUUUAGAGCAUCACAUGAACUCUUUACUGGACAACCAUGAGCGCCGCAUCUCCCACUCCCUUUAUGAAACCAUUGAGGGCUUGGACAACACCUCGUCACCUAGGGCAAACGUGAUGGGACGCAUUGGCAACUACCAGCUCUCUCCGACUGUGAACAUGCCACAGGACGACAUCGUGAUGAUCGAAGACGAUAGGCCACCCCUGCUGCCUGCCCACCUCUCCGACCAAUCGUCCUCCAGUUCCCACGACGACAUGGGCUUUGUGGGAGAGAACCCAGUGCCCUGGAUCCACGAGCUGCCUGGUCAGAAUGAAUGCUCGCUCAGUCCCGACGCAGACCCUGACGGUUCAUUCCAGAGGGAGGGCUUUGGUCGGCAGAGUAUGUCCGAAAAACGCACCAAACAGUUUAACAACCCUGCCGAGCUGGAGGUCAUGAAGAGCCGCAAGUCAAAGAGCAUGGAUUUAGGCUCUGGAGAACAAGUCGGACCCACACUGGGCCUGAAAAAGUCUAGCUCCCUCGAAAGUCUCCAGACUGCUGUUGCCGGGGCGACGCUGAAAAGUGAGAUUAACGUCAACAGGCCGAGCUCACGGAUUGUCAGGGGCCGCGGCUGCAAUGAGAGCUUCCGAGCUGCAAUUGACAAAUCAUACGAGAAACCUGGCGCCGCAACAACAGAAGAGGAGAACAGCAUGGACACACUGGACGAGGACACAGAGGGGAGUUCCCGCUCGGGCCGCGAGUCGAUGUCCACCAGCGGUGACCUCUUUGUGGCCUCCGGGCUGAACGGCAGCGUUUCCAAAGAUGACAGCCGGAAAGAUUGGGAAAAGGUCGGGGGGAAGGAGAAGCAGAAACCUGAAAGGGAUAAAGAGGAGAAAGACAAGGACAAGAUCAAAGCCAAGAAAAGCAUGCUGAAGGGCCUGGGCGAGAUGUUCAGGUUUGUAAAGCACCGGAGGGAUGAUCGUCCAGGAGAAAGGAUCGAGAGGAAGGGCUCCAGUAAAUCUAAAGCCGAGGACACGCAGGCAUCAGAAGAGGAGACCCUGCGGAUGAGACUGGAACAAGAGAGAAUUCAGGCCAAGACACGGGAAAUUCGGGAGAAGCAGGCAAAGGAGAGGGAAUACGCUGAGAUCCAAGAUAUUGUCAGCCCCACCUUUAGCUCAGAUGAAGAGCACACCUAUGCUGGCAUUGGAUCAUUAGACUCUUCAGUAGAUAGCAACAGCAUGGACCCAUACAGUAAUCCUUACCAUCUCCCUCAAAGUCCACAGCUUCCCUCGAGUCCUCCGGAGAAUGGUCCACCACUGGAAGCUCUGUAUGCUCAGGUCAAUAAACCUCGCAAUGGACGUCCUGCAGCUCCAGACAGCAGUCAGAUGACUCCCAGUAACCACGAUCGGAUACAAAGGCUGAGGCACGAGUUCCAGCAGGCCAAACAGGAGGAUGAUCUGGAAGACCAUCGGCACACCUACAGUUUCGACCAGUCUUGGGUGAGUAAUGGGACCGAGACGCAGAGCGGACGUCAUUCCAUAACCGUUGAGACUCAGGCUCAGAAACAGCAGCAAGAGGACAGAGACGGUUUCCAACAAGCACAGAGACAGUACAGCUCCCUGCCGCGGCCACCUCGUAAGAACGCCGGCACAGCAUCCCAGGAUUCAUGGGAGACGGUGCAUGUCCCUGCAGAGAAAUUCCAAAUGUCCAAGGAGAAUCCUCGCUAUGUCCAAGGAUCGCAUAACGGCUACCUGGGAACGUCCAGCUUCAACGCCCGUGCCCUCCUUGAGACGCAGGAGUUGUUGAGGCAGGAGCAGAGACGCAGAGAGCAGGAGGCCAGUAAGGCCGGGCUGCCUCCAGCACAAGAAGCCUCCAGUGGCAGCAACUACGACCACACACAUGCCCCUAACUCUGUCCCGGUACAGCCCCCACCUCAAUCCAAGGGCCCCUACAGACAGGAUGUGCCCCCAUCUCCUUCUCAGCUCGCCAAGCUCAGCAGGCUUCAGGGAUCUGAGAAAGGGAGGCUAUUCUACUCCUGAGAGAGGACCAAGAUCCUGGACAGUGGUAGUUUUGAGAGAACAGGACUAAUUCUUGCAUUAACAGGAAAAAUACGAAGAGGGCAAUAAGUCUUUCAUAUAAAUAAAUAUAUAUAUAUAUAUAUAAUGCUGAUUGGGAUUGUUGAUAGAAAAUGUUAUAUUUAAAAAAAAAAAAAAAAAAUAACAGAUUUUUUUUUUCAGGAUAAGAACCAUGAUCUUUUUUAACUGUAUAUAUAAAAGAAAUUAGUUUAGAUGUUUUAUCGUCCACCAAGAUUGUGCCUUCUAGUCCAUUGAUUGUUCACAUACAGACGUUGAAUUCAUCAGACACAGCUGAGAGAUCGUUGGGUUUGGCCAUGACACUGACAGCUAUAUGACCUGAAAAUGAAUAGUUUUUUUGUGAGUUGGGUUAUAUGAGGUAUUGACAUGUUUUCAGCACGGACUUCACAGAGUAAUGCUCGGUCUUUCUGAGAUGAUGUUUGCCAGCAGGGACACAGUGAGAAACACGUCUUUCCAGACAAUCUGAAGUUUGCAGACUGCUCACACUGCCACACCAAAGUCACAAAUGAUCACAUUGGGACUUACUGGUGCAGAAAAUACUGAAGUACUCCUGUCUGCUGAUUUUGGACUUUUGUGCGGGACGUGAACAGUUUACAAAUAAAUAGCAGACAUUCAGAAUUCUUGAGAUGUCUUCGACUUCUGCAGGAUUUUAUGAAGUGAGGUUUUUAGCUCAGUGUCUCCUCGUGUCCCCUGGUCACAGCCAGUGAAGACAGCACACUUGGUGACGUCAGUGCUGAACACGUCAUAUAACCUCACUUAAGAAAAACACCUGAAGUAUCCCUUUAAUAUCACCAUUCCUCAGCACUGCCGUGUCUUUGUACCACUUAGGUCCUGGUAGAGAUCUGAAACAAUGCUUGUGUGCAGUAUUUUUUACUCUUUAUGACCAGUUUGUCAGACGAUGCUCUACAUGUUUAUUUGUGUAUGUGUGUGUGUGCUGGCAGGAUGUAUUGACACAGUUUAGAGGUUAGUGUG